AUGGUCAUCAUCACACUUCAGACCUUUUCUGGCAUGUGGAUCAAUGCUUUCAUUGUGGCUGUGUUUUGUGUUACCUGGGUUAAAAAGAAAAGCUUUAACUCCAAUGAGAAGAUCUUGCUCUUUCUGGGAUGUUCCAGGUUUUGGUUUUUGUGUGUGACAUGGGCAUAUACCAUUACUUCAACGAUAUUUCACUGGCAAAUUUAUAUCAGCGGGGUAACCCAAAUAUUUGCACCUCUUCUGUGCUUUUCAAAUUCUUCCAGCUUGUGGGUUUCUACCUGCCUGUAUGUUUUUUAUUGUGUAAAAAUCGCGAAUUUCAGACACGUCUUUUUCAUCUACCUGAAAGUAAAAAUUGACAGGAUUGUGCCGUGGCUGCUGGUGGGUUCUAUGAUUUUGUCCCUGGUCAUGUGUAGCCCUGUCUUUGACAUUACCAAUGAAGUGAGCUGUUGCAACCUCAAUUCCACCUCCCUAGGAUAUUCCAGGAAACUGAAUGAGAAAACGAACAAACAAUAUUCCUCUCUUUUUUAUAUCUGCGGCUUUGGGUUUUCCAUAGCAUUCAUGAUAGUCAUCUUCUCUGCCCUUCUCCUCCUCUUUUCUCUCUGGAGACACAAACGCAAUAUGCAGACAAGCUCAGCAAAGAAUCUCAGCAUGGAUGCCCACAUCAAAGCCAUGAAAUCUCUUCUGUCCUUCUUCUUCAUCUACGGCAUCAACUUUGUAUGUUUGAUCAUGACAAUGAUUUAUACUAGUCGGGAGAGAAAUCCUGUGACGUAUCUCUUUUUAGUACUCCAGUAUGCUUUUCCGGCUUUUCAUUCCCUUAUUCUGAUUUUCAGCAGCCCCAAACUGGAAAAGACAGUGCUGAGGAUUCUGCCCUGUGUGAAGUGCAAGCUUUGCAUAAGGUAG